AUGGAGGAAUGCUACUGCCAAGAGUGGCUGUUGGAGAAUUCCGGUACUUCAGUGGAUGAACAACAAAACCAAUAUCCCAAGGUGCAAGAUGCAAGCUCGUUUAAUUGUGCCUCGUCUUUGAUGUUUGUGGCUGCUGUUGAUAUUUGCAGGCCGACCUCCACGGUCUCUGGAGAUCCUACUUGUCUACUUAUCCAGAAGCCUGUAGAAGGCCUGAUCUUCGCGGCGCAUGGUUCUGCAGUCCAGCCUGCCCAAGCUGCCCAAGCAGUUCCUCAAGCUGCUCCCCAAGCACAAUUGCUUGCUACUGAGCCAUUUGCUCCCCAGCACUCGCUCGCAGCAUCUUGA